UGCUUGCUCUCAGGAAUCCUAACUUAGAGGCACGGCCACUCUCACACCAGUCCAAGACUUCUCAGAGUUCACUACACAGGGCUGGGGGCUGGACCCGCAAAAUCGAUUUGCCCAUCAAGUUAACUUGGUCGGCCUGGGACCCAAGGCCAGGGUGAAGGGGAGACAUCCCGGGCCCUGUCGCUUUUCCCUUGAGCCUCCAAACAGCGGCGUAGGGCUGAGAUGCCCCCGCCCCCGGCCCCAGGCUUUGGAAGAGCCUGGCGCUGAGCAGGCGCCCCGGAGCGGGGUCUCGGGGGUCCCCGGAACAGUCACGUGUUCUAGAGACGCCGUUAAACUACCGCCUUCUCUUCCCACCGCCGCCUCCAGGUCCUGCUCCAGCCGCCGCCGUCGCCGCGGGGUGCAGGAGCAGCUGCGCAGGGCAGCGCUCCCGGGAGCCCAGGGCCUGCAUCGGUCGGGGCGCCCCGAGGUACAGGCUUCCGCCCCUCACUGUCACCCCCUGCCGCGCCGGGUAGGCCUGCACCGAGGGGCCUUGGCGGGUCCUAGCGCUCGCUGCGAGUCCGCACAGGUCCCUGGGAGCCCGCACCCCUGUCUCUGGUGCCGGGGCGUUGUUGGGGGUCCCAAGAGGGCAGGGUCUGCUCAUUGUAUUUUUCAGGAAAAAGGAAGGGAAAGGGUAAUACAAGGAAAGGUCAUCAGUAACAACUGACCUGCCACAAAGUUAAAGAAAAGGAUUGACUCCAGAAAGCAGGACUAUAAUAUGGAUUUAGAGCUCAGUGAGUAUUAUAACAAGACACUUGCCACGGAGAAUAAUACUGCUGCCACUCGGAAUUCGGAUUUCCCAGUUUGGGAUGACUAUAAAAGCAGCGUAGAUGACUUACAGUAUUUUCUGAUUGGGCUCUAUACAUUUGUAAGUCUUCUUGGCUUUAUGGGGAAUCUACUUAUUUUAAUGGCUCUCAUGAAAAAGCGUAAUCAGAAGACUACGGUAAACUUCCUCAUAGGAAAUCUGGCCUUUUCUGAUAUCUUGGUUGUGCUGUUUUGCUCACCUUUCACGCUGACCUCGGUCUUGCUAGAUCAGUGGAUGUUUGGCACAGUCAUGUGCCAUAUUAUGCCUUUUCUUCAGUGUGUGUCAGUUUUGGUUUCAACUUUAAUUUUAAUAUCAAUUGCCAUUGUCAGGUAUCAUAUGAUAAAACAUCCUAUAUCUAAUAAUUUAACAGCAAACCAUGGCUACUUUCUGAUAGCUACCAUCUGGACACUAGGUUUUGCAAUUUGUUCUCCCCUUCCAGUGUUUCACAGUCUUGUGGAACUUCAGGAAACAUUUGGUUCAGCGUUGCUGAGCAGCAGGUAUUUAUGUGUUGAGUCCUGGCCAUCUGAUUCAUACAGAAUUGCCUUUACUAUCUCUUUAUUGCUAGUUCAGUAUAUUCUGCCCUUAGUUUGUCUUACUGUAAGUCAUACCAGUGUCUGUAGAAGUAUAAGCUGUGGACUGUCCAACAAAGAAAACAGACUUGAAGAAAAUGAGAUGAUCAACUUAACUCUUCAUCCAUCCAAAAAGGAUGGGCCUCAGGUGAAACUCUCUGGCAACCACAAAUGGAGUUAUUCAUUCAUCAAAAAACACAGAAGAAGAUAUAGCAAGAAGACAGCAUGUGUGUUACCUGCUCCAGAAAGGCCUUCUCAAGAGACCCACUCCAGAAUACUUCCAGAAAACUUUGGCUCUGUAAGAAGUCAGCUCUCUUCAUCCAGUAAGUUCAUACCAAGGGUCCCCACUUGCUUUGAGAUAAAACCUGAAGAUAAUUCAGAUGUUCAUGAACUGAGAGUAAAACGUUCUGUUACAAGAAUAAAAAAGAGAUCUCGAAGUGUUUUCUACAGACUGACCAUACUGAUAUUAGUAUUCGCUGUUAGUUGGAUGCCCCUACACCUUUUCCAUGUGGUAACUGAUUUCAAUGACAAUCUUAUUUCAAAUAGGCAUUUCAAGUUGGUGUAUUGCAUUUGUCAUUUGUUGGGCAUGAUGUCCUGUUGUCUUAAUCCAAUUCUAUAUGGAUUUCUUAAUAAUGGGAUUAAAGCUGAUUUAAUGUCCCUUAUACACUGUCUACAUUUGUAAUAAUUCUCACUGUUUAUCAAGGAAAGAACAAAUGUUGAUGUCAUAUAAAAUAUAUUUAUAAUAACUGUUUAUGUAUAAUAAAUAUAAAUUCUGUUAACAUGGAAUUUAAUUUAUGUGAAAGAGUUCUGGAUUUGAAUAUCAGUUCAUAAUAUGUGGAAGAUAAUUUAUUCAAUUAUGCAGCCAGUGUCAAUCCAAUGUAUAAUUUCAUUUUAGAAAGUAGUUGUAUUACCUUUCACUUCCAUCUUGUCUUAUAAACAAAUAAAAUUUAUUUUUUGUUGAAACUAAAA